AUGUCGUUCCUCUUGUGUAUCGGCAUUUUGCUGUUACCAUGGUUCCCUUGUGUCUGUGGGAAGUGCAUCUUUGACCAAAUUCAGAGAUCCGUCAACGUCGUUUCCCCGCCCACCGCUCAAUACGCCUCUGCUUAUCGGUUCAAAACUCAGAGAUCUAAAAGACAUAUUAUGCCUAUGGAUAAUUUACAACCAAUCAGAAUCAAAAUCUGGAUCCCUUCAGAAAGUCCCGCCCUCUCUGACUGGGAGAGAGAGAAAUUAAUGAGCGCAGUUGGUGAGGCUGUCAGCGAGGUUUCCAGUUUACUGUCAGUAAAACGAGUUAAAGACCGUCUGCUGUUGAACAGAGAUGUAAACAAGUACUGCAAAUUCAUCUGGAGAAACAGCAGCACUUUAAACCACAUGAAAUGUGGAAGAGCCCAUGAGAACUACAGAUUUGAGAGCUGCCUCGGUGUGAUUAUUCCAGAUGAGCACCUGGAUGGCUGUUCUGUUUAUCCAAAUCCUGAGCAUCCAGUCCCAACAGUGCUGAGGCCACGGGGGCCUGGAGUUCCCGAUGCUGACUUCCUGCUUUAUGUGUUCACUCACAACACAGAAAAAUGCAGAGCAGAGUCUAGUGUACUGGCUUAUACUGCUCACUGUCAGACGGGUUCAGAUGGCCGUCCUCUGGCUGGCACGAUGGUCAUCUGUAGAGAGACGCUCAAAAAGGAAAGAUACACAUAUCAGCACUUUGUAAAGGUGACAACAGUGAUCCAUGAGCUGUUCCAUGUGUUGGGCUUCAGCAAAGAGCUCCUCAGCAAUUGGAAGGACUUUGGUGUAGACUGCUGGUCUCAUGGUCAGGUGACCAGCACAGACCAGACAGGGCAGGUUAGACUCUACUCUCCUACUGUGAUCAGAGCAAUGCAGAAACACUUCAACUCUACACACACUGACCUUGGAGCUCCAUUAGAGAACAAGGACGCUGCUUUAGAUGGUCUCUCUUCACACUGGGAGGCUCGUGUGCUUCAGGGCUCCAUUAUGGCAGCUUCGCUAGUGGAGGCAUCUCUGGUUCGCAUUGAUGCCAUCACACUCGCUGCCCUCCAGGACACAGGCUGGUAUUCAGUCAACCACAGCCGGGCUCAGAGCCUGGUGUGGGGAGAGGGUGAAGGCAGUGAUUUUGGCUCCGUCUCUGCCUGUCACAAUUCUUCAGCUUUCUUUUGCACAGGCAGUGGUCUGGGUUGUCAUUUCCUUCAUCUCAACAAGGGGGAGUGUGUGACGGAUCAGUACCUGGAUGGGUGCCACAUAUUUAAACCUCUUGCAAAUGCUAGUGAGUGCUGGAUUGAGGAUAAUGCAAGGAGUGGAAUGAAUGAAGGAGGCGGAGAGAUAUUCGGCUCAGACAGCCGCUGUUUCAUAUCCAACAUCACCAGACUGAAUAAUGUGACUGCUUACACACCAGUGUCAGGUCAUUGUUACAGACACCGAUGCACCGGAAUAAACAAAUAUCACAUUCAGGUGAAGGACUCUGAUUGGAUGGAUUGUCCAGCAGGAACGAGCAUUGAGGUGUCUGGUUAUCAAGGAUUCAUUUUCUGCCCUGAAAACAGAUUAUGUAAAUAUUCAGAUUUAGCUCCUCCCACAUCAACACAAAGAACAGAAAGCCUUUUUAGUGACACCACUGCUCAGAGUGAUCUUGGUAUGAUGGAGAAAGAUGCCGCUGUUCAACCCAGCUUCACAUCUCUCUUCUUAGUCUCUGAGGCUAAGAUCAGCUUGGCAGCGGUAUUGAGCUUGAUGGCUGUUUUCGCUCUGCUGUCUGCUGCUGUGCUCCUCUACAGGAAGAACUUGUCUGUAAGAGUACAUGCUGCUUCAUACAGGACACCACUGCCACACAUCCUGUACAGAAACUGAUCAAAGCAUAAAAUGAUUCAGGAAGGUAAUGGAGAUGAAUUCAAAUGGCAGAAUCAGGAAUUCAGACACAAAUGUCACACAAACACACAAAGCUUGACCGACACAUUUAUAAAUGGUUAAUAUUUGACAGAGAAGCUGUGACGUGAUAAGUGUGCUUUAUGAUGGUCAUAAUCUUUCCUAGGGAAAGUUUCUUGAUAAGUCUUGUGUGUGAAUAUGCAAGAUGAUGUUUGUUUUGACUGAAACUAAGUUGCAGCGAUUCACCAUUUACUGAAGAACCAACCAUUAUGAUUUUUUUCUGUAAUAUAUAGUUUAAUAGUACAAAAUAAUUAUACAUUUUCAGUCAUUCAUGUAGAAAUAUUUCUAAAAAUGUUGUAAAAGUCACUGGACAGGAAAACAUAAUUCUCAGAAUGUAUUUAUAAAACAAGAUUACAGUAGUUUUUUAAUCAAAUAUUUGGUUAUGAUUUAAAGGUAUAGAAUAUCAGGGAAAUAAUUAAUUAAAGAUUUCCAAAGUA